GUCCCAGUCCCUGGACCUGCCCUGGAAAAGAAGUAUCCAGUAGAGAUGAGCUCACAGCAGUUACUUAAUUAAAAAUUUGUAAGCUACAGAAAUGGCAGUGGGCCAACCAAGAACAGCUACAAUUUGAAUUUUUCUAUUUCCAGAAAAUGCUUGGACAGAAGAGAUGAGUCCUAUUUCCCCUCAGGCCUAGAAUUGCCUACUGUACAAUAGUCCUGAUCAGGCAAUACACGAAUGGCCCAAGGAAGCCACCAAAUUGAUUUUCAGGUUUUACAUGACCUGCGGCAAAAAUUCCCUGAAGUACCUGAAGUUGUUGUAUCCAGGUGCAUGUUACAGAAUAACAACAACUUGGAUGCCUGCUGUGCAGUUCUCUCUCAGGAGAGUACAAGGUAUCUUUAUGGUGAAGGAGACUUGAAUUUUUCGGAUGAUUCUGGAAUUUCUGGUCUACGCAAUCACAUGACUUCUCUCAACUUGGACCUGCAGUCCCAGAAUGUGUACCACCAUGGGAGAGAAGGAAAUCGAAUGAAUGGAAGUCGGACUCUAACACACAGCAUCAGUGAUGGACAACUUCAAGGUGGUCAGUCCCAAAAUGAACUGUUUCAACAGGAGCCACAGACAGCCCCAGCUCAUGUUCCUCAAGGCUUUAAUGUCUUCGGAAUGUCCAGCACAUCUGGGGCCUCCAAUUCAGCACCACAUCUUGGAUUUCACCUAGGCAGCAAAGGAGCAUCCAACCUUUCGCAGCAAACUCCCAGAUUUAAUCCCAUUAUGGUAACGUUAGCCCCUAAUAUCCAGACUGGUCGUAAUACUCCUACAUCUUUGCACAUCCAUGGCGUACCUCCACCUGUCCUUAACAGUCCACAGGGAAAUUCAAUCUACAUUAGGCCUUACAUUACAACUCCUAGUGGUACCGCUCGACAGACCCAACAGCAUUCUGGCUGGGUUUCUCAGUUUAACCCCAUGAACCCUCAACAAGUCUAUCCACCUUCACAGCCUGGUCCCUGGACUACGUAUCCUACAUCCAGUCCACUGUCACAUACCUCAACCCAACAGCCCAAUCAGCAAGGCCACCAGACCUCUCACGUCUACAUGCCCAUCAGCUCACCGACUACACCACAGCCACCAACAAUUCAUUCAUCUGGUAGCUCACAGCCUUCUGCCCACAGCCAAUACAACAUUCAGAAUAUUUCAACAGGACCUCGGAAAAACCAGAUUGAAAUCAAACUUGAACCCCCGCAAAGAAACAAUUCUUCAAAAUUGCGUUCCUCGGGACCUCGAACCUCCAGCAGUUCCUCUUCGGUGAACAGCCAGACCUUAAACAGAACCCAGCCCACUGUUUACAUAGCUGCCAGCCCCCCAAAUACUGAUGAGGUGAUGUCCCGUAGCCAGCCCAAGGUCUAUAUUUCAGCCAAUGCCACCGCAGGAGAUGAACAGAUCCUGCGGAACCAGCCCACACUCUUCAUAUCCACAAACCCUGGCGCAUCUGCCUCCAGGACUAUGUCUGGGCAAGUGAGCAUGGGCCCUGCCUUUAUUCAUCACCACCCACCCAAGAGUCGAGCGAUUGGCAACAACUCUGCAACUUCUCCUCGAGUGGUGGUCACUCAGCCCAACACAAAGUACACUUUCAAAAUCACAGUUUCUCCCAAUAAGCCCCCUGCCGUUUCCCCAGGGGUGGUGUCCCCUACCUUUGAACUAACAAACCUUCUGAACCAUCCUGAUCAUUAUGUAGAGCCAGAGAAUAUUCAGCACCUCACGGACCCUGCUUUAGCACAUGUGGAUAGAAUAAGUGAAGCUCGGAAAUUGAGCAUGGGAUCUGACGAUGCUGCCUACACACAAGCUUUAUUGGUACACCAGAAGGCUCGGAUGGAACGGCUUCAAAGAGAGCUUGAGAUCCAAAAGAAAAAGCUGGAUAAAUUAAAAUCCGAGGUCAACGAAAUGGAAAAUAAUCUAACUCGAAGGCGCCUGAAAAGAUCGAAUUCCAUAUCCCAGAUACCUUCCCUCGAUGAAAUGCAGCAGUUGAGAAGCUGUAACCGGCAGCUGCAGAUUGACAUUGACUGCCUGACCAAAGAGAUCGAUCUUUUCCAAGCCCGAGGACCACAUUUUAAUCCCAGCGCCAUUCAUAACUUUUAUGACAACAUUGGAUUUGUUGGUCCUGUGCCACCAAAACCCAAAGAUCAGCGGUCCACCAUCAAAGCACCAAAGAACGCAGACACCGAAGAGGACGAGGGCGCGCAGUGGAACUGCACUGCCUGCACCUUUUUGAACCAUCCAGCUUUAAUCCGCUGUGAACAGUGUGAGAUGCCCCGGCAUUUCUGAGCCACAGGCCCUCUGUCUCCUCUCACUCCACAUCUGGACUUCAAGAAUCUGGUCUCUCCCCAGGGGCAGGUUUCACUGCUACCAAGGGUUCUGUCAGAGCUGAGGUGUGACAGUGCGGUGGAGUGCAAGCUGGUGACACCUCAGCAGAAGGUCGUGGGCAGUGAGCUCCACCGCGGGAAAGGUGGCCCCGGAGGAUGGGGCUGCCCACCACCACCCACCCGCCUGCCGGGUGCAGUGUUAGCAGUGUCCCACACGGAGAAUCCUCGGUGUGGUCAUGCUUGGGGGUGCCCACUACCUUGUCCCCUCACGUCUCUACUGAAUCCUGACAGGAGGAAGCUAGUAGAAAGGUCGCUUUUUUAUUGUUAUUAUUUUCUAAAGCUUUCAGUGAAACACUACAAACGCGAGGCAAAGGGACAAGGUUUACCUAUUUAAACUGUCUGCCGCCACCUAGUGCCAACCAGUGGACACGGGACGAAGGUCCCAGCCCUGUGGUGCUCUGGGCCUUGUCCUCGUCGCCCCUGGCAGCGUCCUCACCCUGGCAACCCGCUUGGAGAGGCCACAGAAGAGGAGAGCAGCACGCGUGCGGCCGGCGGCAGCGUGCAGUGAGACGUCUGAGCUUUCCUGAUGCCACAGAUCGCUCAAGUCUGCUUUCAGUGAUUUCUUGGCUCCUUUAUUGUUUUCUUAUAUUUCUAUAUGUAUAGCGUAAUAGUCUUUUGUUAACUAAUGUUCUUUUUCCCUUUUAGUGAUUAAGCACGAUCAUGUCCCCUUUUACGCCUUACCUGAGAGAAGCAAUGCCUUAAAAUAAAAAAGCAUUAAUGAGAUGAAACUAUGCACGCCCUCCCUCUCCUCUCCUCGCCUCGCCUCCUUCUGUCCUUGCCCUCCGACGGGCAGAUGCUGCGCAGGAGGUGCCAGUCGCUCUCACCCACGCGGCCUCGCGGCCGGUGCGCAGUGCAUGGCUUCCAUAGGAAGCUCAGACCCACGGUCUCUUAGCCCCUGACAGCGCCAGGCCGAGCUUGCUUCAUCUGCCCACUGACCCCCAGAACUUUCACAAGAGAUGAAGAUGAUGGUGGGGCAGGACAGCUUCUGACCAGCACGGCACCGCACUCCGGCCCUCGCUGGGGUGCCCGAGCCACACGCGGCGUGUCUGUAAGCAAGGCUGGUCGUGUGGAGGACAUCGGAAGAAAGCUGGAAAAAAGAAAAUCAAGCAAACUUGAACACUGAAGCAACCUCAAGCAUCUCUCUAGUGUGAUGAUAUAUUUUUAUAAGGAGAAUAAAUAUUCCGAUGAUCAGGAAUGUAUAUAACAAAAUGAAAUCAAAGGAAAGAAAUCACAGUAUGCCUUUACAAAGACAGAAUUAAGAAAUUAUAGUGUCCAUGCUUAGAAAUGGGGCUAAGGGAAGUGCUAAGAUGUAACAAAAGGUAGGAGACCACGUAGCCGGCCCACCGCCCUCUGUUUGUGGGUGCCAGUGGGGGUGGGGGUGGAGUGCGCAGAAUUGGUACCAGGAGCUCGGAGGGGGCCAAAG